UUGGCUGUGUUAUUAUUUGCACGUGUAUUUGAUUGCACCAUGAAGGCUCUCUUCGUAAAGACUCUCUUCUUCAUUCUCAACCUCUCCAACCACUCAGGUGUCUGUUCUGCAGAGCCAGUGCUCAGUGUGAGUGGACGUGUAGGUGGAUCAGUAGAGAUCAGAUGCCCCUAUGAUGCUGGAUAUGAGACCUACUCCAAGUACCUCUGCAGAGGAGCCUGUUCCUAUGGGAACAAAGACAAACUUGUUGAAACUGAAGAAGGGAAGAGCGGGGCUGUUAAAGUAAGAUUCUCUCUCCAUGACAACACCACUUCUAGAAUCUUCACCGUCUCCAUCACUGGACUGACUGCAAAGGAUGCUGGGAAGUAUCGGUGUGGAAUUAAGACUGGAUUUGCGUUUAAAGAUAUCUACAUUGAAGUCAACCUAGGCAUCACACCACCUGUCAUCACCGCACCUCUGACCUCAGAGAGUGACAGAGCUACCAGUCCUCCACCAGCUACUCCUCCUCCAACUCCAACUGCCCCUCCUUCAACUCCAACUGCCCCUCCUCUGCCUCCUCAAGUCAAUGUGGGUGUGUUGGCUGGUGAUGUGGUCGGCUACUGUGGGGGCGGUGUGAGCAUCAGGUGUGAGUACGACACACAGUAUGGCCAACGCCCCAAAUACUUCUGCCAGGGCGAGCAGGCAGCCUGCAGGGAGUUGAUCCGAACCAGCACCAAGGGCAAGUGGGUCAGUAAGGACCGUUUCUCGCUGUUCGACAACGGGACGCACUACUUCAUCGUGAGCAUCUCUGAGCUGACGACGUCUGACUCGGGCCGGUAUCAGUGUGGCGUCAGCGUCCUCGAAGGGGAACCGGUCCAGACAGAGGUCAACCUGAAGGUCAAGGACGAAGUGUCCAACUGCGGCAUAACAAUGGUGAAAACCGCCUUCGUCGGAGAGACUCUGAACGUCACCUGUCCUUACCUGGAUGUCCAUGAGCAUGCUGGCAAGUACCUGUGCAAGGCUUUCCAUGGCCAGAGCUGCAACUACAAGGUUUCCGCCCAGGCAGACAGUACCUGGGUACACUCGGAUAAGGUAUCCGUCUUCGAUGACAGCGACAAGACCCCUUAACUCGGGUACAACAGAGUCAUAUGUCUCUGCCUGGACAACAGCAGACCCAGAAACCACAUCAACGCCUCUUUCUGCCUUGAGCACUGCUGAAGACACAACCCCGGACGCUGCCCUACUACUGCUGCCAAGCUUGUUCAGAGAGGACAGUAAUUUCAUUUACUGUAUAGAGGAACCAGUCAGCCCGAACCCAACCAUCGUUUUCCACGGGUCCCUGAAUGCCCUGAAAGCAGAGAACAUCAGCAUCCAUCUGGAUGGAAAAACCAUUGUCAAAGGAAAAUUGUCCAUCCCAGAAUCAAUUGAAUGUCUGUUUUGUGUUUAUUUUCUUUUUAACGUUUCAUACCCCACGCCAAUAAUUAACACCCUCACCUUUAUCUAAAAAUUCUUGCUAAAAUUGCCCAACAAUACAAAGAUUCCCCUCCCUGUCCUCAAAAUGCAUAACCAAUUAAUGUCCUACAAUUAGAUUACUUAGAAACAUGUUUUUUUUGUAAUUGUCUUUUAUUCAAAGGUGUGUGUGCGUUAUUUAUGUCACUAGGAUUAGAUUUAUUUGUUACACCAGCGCCUUGCAGCCUUGCCAUGUUGUACCCAGCCCCCUUGUGUGUGUGUGUG